AGCAGCCACCAUGGUGAAGGCACGCAAAAUCGUUCUCGUCCGACACUUCCAAGGGCCGCCUCGAACCGAGGACUUCCGCAUCGAGGAGGAGGAUCUGCCGCCCGUCAAGGAAGGACAGAUUUUAGGCGAGGCAGUCUACUUUAGUGUCGACCCCUUCCAGAAGGGUUACACGGUUAUGCACAAAGUGGGAGACACCUUCUACGGCGCUCAGGUGGCGCGGAUCGUGGAGAGCCGUGCUCCCGGCUUUCCAGUGGGGCGACACGUCGUGGCGUACUGGGGAUGGCGCGACCGCACGGUGGCCGAUGUGGGCUCCGGCAGAACAGAGCCCCCCCUGUACGUAACACCGCCCAGGUUGGUGCCACACCUGGGGGACCUGCCCCUGUCGCUGUCCCUGGGAGUCCUAGGCAUGCCAGGCAACAGCGCCUACUUCCCGCUGCUGGACAUCUGCAAACCCAAGCCAGGAGAAGUGGUCGCAGUGACUGGCGCUGCCGGGGCUGUCGGCAGCGUAGUGGGCCAGAUAGCGCGCAUCAAGGGCUGUACUGUCAUCGGCUUCGCCGGAUCUGACGCCAAGGUGAAAUGGCUGAAGGAGGACCUGGGCUUUCAUCACGCUUUCAACUACAAGAAGACAGACGUGUCCACCGCCCUGAAGCAGGCUGCCCCAGACGGUGUCGACGUGUACUUCGACAACGUGGGAGGCGACAUAAGCGCCGCAGUCAUGAGCAACAUGCGGUACCGCGGCCGCAUCGUCCUGAUCGGCGCCAUCUCUCAGUACAACGAACUCGAGCACCAGAAGUUGGUCACCCUGCCCUUCACAUUUCUAGCGCAGCAGCUCCGACUGGAGGGUUGCGCGGUUGCACGGUAUCACGACCGCUGGGAAGAGGGCAUCAGCCAGCUGACGAAAUGGGUCAGAGAGGGUAAAAUCAAGUACAGGGAGACUGUGACCAAAGGCUUUGAAAACACUCCCAGAGCCUUCAUGGGUAUGCUGCGAGGUGAGAACUUCGGGAAAGCUGUUGUCAAACUGUGAACAGUGCUGACGUAGCAGACGUGCGUGUCCACAAACAGAGACAAAGACAAUUUCUUUCAACAUUUCAUACAGGAAAUAUGAAAUCUGCAGUGCACAACUGGGCUCACAUAUUUCGUUAACAAUUGUCUUCAAAAUGUUACUUUCGGAACAUGAUAGUUUGCAAUUUCAUUAAAAUAAUUAUAAUGUUGGACAUAUUCUA